AUGGCACCGACGACCCCGCCGUCGACCACGGCAGACCUGAAUCAGUGGUCAGCUAUGGAAGAAAGACGGCGCAGCUGGUGGGCCAUCUGGGAAAUGGACGUAUUCGCCUCAACGGUGCGCCGCUGCCCCACUGCUAUCGGUCAGGACCUCAACGAAACGUAUCUUCCUAUACCCGACGAUAUGUGGUUCAAGAAUACAUUUCAGUCAAGCUGCUUACUUGACCCCAACCCGACGGACAGGUCAAGAAAACUGGCUCUGUCGGGUAAUAACAGUAGCGCUGCAUGGUUUAUUACUAUCAACUCCAUCAUGCGGAAUGCGCAGGUUUUAGCCCAAGGCAACCUGCAUAGUAUACUUUCGGACCUUGCGCCGGGAGACGACUUUCACUCUCUCAAACGAUACUUUCAUGGAUCCUUUCGCAGAAGACAGUCCGCUGAAGACACUCGACAACUGUCUAUGCUGCUGAAGGCUCUCCAGCAAACCGUUGCUGACUUACCGCAACGGCUUGCUUACAAGGGGAAUCAACUCGAUUUUGGAUCUUCAACACCAUCAUUCGUAAGCUACAACACCCAAGCCGUUUCUGAUAGGAAGUUGGACGCCGCGCAACAUUCAAUCUUUCUCGCGAUUCAGCUGGCACGAUUCAUGAUUUAUCAUCACUAUGCUUUCAGUGAGGUAUUGCUUGGUACGAUAUUCUCAGAAUCUGGCAGUUCUUCCCCAUCUUUAGGGUGGACUGCUACACCCAGAGACCCAAAGGAGAGGCUUUCUCACUCGGAAGGGCUACGUAACUGUCUCGAGGCAUCUGAUGACAUUUACGCCAUUAUCUGCCGAUCAUCAGAUACACACGUCAAAUGGACCAUCCCCUUCUUAGCGAGCACGGUAUGGCUUGCGGCUUCUCUACAGAUUCUACGCAAGGUCUUCGCUCCGUCAAUCUGCGAUGAAAUGUCUGAGCAGAAGAUUGUGUUGCUCCGCAAGACGUACCAGAGUUAUACGGAUGUAUGGGAUACCCCGCAAAGUCUACUACAAAACCUGGACUCGUUGGAGCAACGGUUGAUGCGAAAGAAAUCGGAGAUGGCUGCUAUGGAAGCGCAACAUACGGCAAAUUCCACGUCGAGUGAAUGGACGCAUCAAGCUGCCUGGAUGUCAUCGCACGAAGAUAUCUGCAGUUCGUCUGCCGAUCAGGGGACAAUGGGACUCGGUAUGCUGUCGAUGUCAUCUCAGAAUGAUACCAGAAUGUCUUCUUCGAGUCAAGACGGGAACUUUGACCACCUGGCUUUUGCGAAUGAUCCGUACGGAAACUUGCAAACACCGAAUUUGAACACGUCAGAUGGCUUCAACGGAUUCUCUGAAGCUGACCAAGAGUUGAGCUUUUUCAUAUCUUCACUGAUUGGAUAG